AUGCCGAAGGCUUUUUAUGACGAGGUUGAGCUCGAGGACAUGUCCUAUGAUGAGGAGAAGGACCUCUUUCACUACCCUUGUCCUUGCGGUGACCGGUUCGAGAUCACACGUCAGCAGCUCAAGGAUGCCGAAGACGUGGCAAGAUGUCCUGGCUGCUCUUUGAUCAUUCGAGUCGUGUUCGAUCCGAUCGAUUUCGAGGACGACGACGAUGCGCCAGCUAACGCGAUCGAGUCUGCCAGUCUGACUAUCGCUGCCGCAGCUUGA